AUGGGAGAACUUCCAAAGGACACAAGGUCCUUGUUUAGCAAUCACAACAACAUCCUCAAACAAGCAUUUGGAUCAAAUUUAGCAGUAGCACAACUACCGAGGGUACUACACAGUUACGAAAAAAGUUUUAACGGGUUCGUGACAAAAUUAUUGCCAGAAGAAGCAGACCUUCUAUCUCAUAGAGAAGAUGUUAUUUCAGUGUUUCCAAGCACAAUUCGACAACUUCGUACUACAAGAUCAUGGGAUUUUAUUGGCAUGCCAUUGAAUGUUGAAAGAAAUCAAGUUGAAAGUGAUAUUAUUGUUGGUGUUAUUGAUACAGGAAUAUGGAUUCAAUCAGAAAGUUUCAAUGAUAAAGGCUUUGGGCCUCCACCUUCAAAAUGGAAAGGCAAAUGUGGCCAAGGUGCCAACUUCACUAAAUGCAACAACAAAGUGAUCGGAGCACAAUUUUUCAAUCUCGAAGGCGCGGGAAAUGAUGGCGAGCUCUCCCCGGCUGAUUUCGAAGGCCACGGGACCCACGUGGCGUCCACGGUCGGUGGAGUUCCCGUCCCAGGCGCUAGCUUGUACGGUAUAGCAGAAGGCACUGCACGCGGAGGGGUCCCAUCCGCACGCAUUGCCACCUACAAAGCGUGUUGGUCCAUGGGGUGCACGGACAGCGACCUUUUAGCCGCGUUCGACGCUGCCAUCUCCGACGGGGUGGACAUAAUUUCCCUCUCCGUCGGAGGCGGAGGGCGCAAUUUUUUCGAGGAUUCGAUUGCUAUUGGAGCAUUUCAUGCCCUAAAAAAGGGGAUUUUGACAUGUUGUGCUGCUGGAAAUAGUGGGCCUGAUUUGGGAACUAUUGAAAAUGUAGCACCAUGGAUUUUCACAGUGGCUGCUACUAGCUCUGAUAGAAAAUUUGAGACUGAUGCUAUGUUGGGUAAUGGAGUGGCUAUUUCUGGAAUUUCAGUCAACACAUUUGAACCAACGAAAAAAUGGUUUCCAUUAACCUCUGGAACUCUUGCACAAGCAAAGAAUGCAUCUUAUUAUGGAAAUUCCAGAUCCCCUCAAGCUGUAAUAUACAAAACAAGAACUGUGAACAUGACUGCACCAUUUGUGCCUUCUUUCUCAUCUAGAGGACCCCAAUCAACCAGUCUCAACAUUCUCAAGCCUGACAUUUCUGCCCCUGGAUUGAGCAUCUUGGCUGCAUUUACAGGAUUGAAUUCUAUCAAUAGUGAUAGAACUAAAGACAAGAGAAUGGUGAAGUAUAAUGUUGAUUCAGGCACUUCAAUGUCUUGUCCACAUGCUGCUGCAGCCACUGCUUAUGUUAAAUCCUUUCAUCCUGAUUGGUCUCCUGCAGCUAUCAAAUCUGCUCUCAUGACAACCGCUACAUCUAUGAAGAUUAGGCCAGUGGGAGCUGAAUUAGCCUCAGGAGCAGGACAAAUAAAUCCAAGAAAGGCAAUUAAUCCUGGUUUAAUAUAUGAUCUUGAUAUUAACUCAUAUAUAGGCUAUUUUUGCAAAGAAGGCUAUAACAGUACAAACAUAGCUUUACUCACUGGAAGCAAAAUGUACAACUGUUCAAGCAUUCCAAAAGCAUUAGGGGCAGAUGGACUAAAUUACCCUUCAAUACACUUACAACUUCAAAAUCCAAAUGAAAGUGAUAUUUCUGCAAUUUUCUAUAGAACUGUGACAUAUGUUGGGAAUGGCAAAGCUGUGUAUAAAGCAAAAGUUAGGGGACCAAAGUGUCUUUCUAUAAAUGUUGUGCCAAAUAUUUUGUCAUUUAGUAAAGUGAAUGAGAAAAAAUCAUUUAGAGUUGAGUUGAAGGGAAAGUUCACUAGAGAUAAAUCAUGGUACAUUUCUAGUUCUUUGGUGUGGGGUGGGAAUAAACCUUAUGUUAAAAGUCCUAUCUUAGUUUAUAGGCCAUUAUUUAAUGUUGUGUAUUAA